GAUGCCGUCAUGCAAGCUACGCAAUUGGCGGGGAACGGAAGCGGCCGGGGGUCGUCAAUGCGUUCAUCACAAUGACGAUCUGGCCAGAGCCUUGGAAAGACAAUCGUGAACUUGUGGGCGUGUUUUCGGAAUGUUUAGAUAUUCGUAUCAUGCAUGUAUGCUAGGCGAGCUGCAAUCAUCUGGACCUCCAUGAAAGUGAGAGGAACCUCACAACUUGUUAAUAAAUAAGAGAAGGUUUCCCUCUCGAUACUGGGUGUGUGUAUAUGUGUAAACCAUCCCAUCAUCCAUUUUCUCGAGACAGUCAAGCCAGCACCGUACGCCAUGACUCUGCCCAAGACGUACAAGCGGGCCGCCUUCACGGAGGCCGGCGGGAAUCUUCGCCUCGAGGACGUUCCUUUGCAGCCGCCUGGCAAGAACGAGGUGCUGGUUAAAGUGGAGGCCUGUGGUGUGUGCCAUUCGGACAAACUGCCCCAGAACAAUGCCUUUGGUGUUGGUUUCCCCCUGGUACCGGGACAUGAGGUUAUUGGCCGUGUUGCCGCCGUUGGCGAGGAUGUCGUGGCCUGGAAGGUGGGCGACCGCAUCGGAGCGGGCUGGCAUGGUGGCCACGAUGGCACUUGUGGAUCUUGCAAGAAGGGCCUGUUCCAGAUGUGCGACAACCAAGCUAUCCACGGAGUGACCAAGGACGGCGGGUAUGCGGAAUACGUCAUCGUCCGGUCCGAGUCCGGCGUCCAAGUGCCCGACGACGUCGACGCAGCCAAGUACGCGCCGAUCCUCUGUGCCGGUGUGACCGUGUUCAACGGGAUGCGGCACAUGAACGUCGGCCCCGGCGAGACGGCCGCCGUGCAGGGGCUUGGCGGGCUGGGCCAUCUGGCGAUCCAGUACGCCAAGAAGUUCGGCUACCGCGUCGUUGCUAUCUCGCGCGGCACCGAGAAGGAGGAGUUUGCGCGGAGGCUGGGUGCUCACGAGUACAUCGACACCAACAAGGUCGACGCCGGCCAAGCGCUGAGGGAGCUGGGCGGCGCGGCGCUCGUUGUGACGACCAGCCCUGAUCCGGAGGGGAUAUCGAAGCUGGUCAAGGGGCUGGCGCCGAUGGGGAAGCUGCUCAUUCUGCCGAUCGUGGGGGAUAUCACCUUCGACACUAUCACCAUGGUCAACAGAGGAUUGGCCGUCCACGCGUGGCCAACUGGACACGCAACAGAUAUGGAAGAGACCAUCAAGUUCACACAGCUGCAAGGCGUCGACUGCAUGAUCCAGAAGUUCCCGCUUGCGAAGGCGAACGAGGCCUUUGAUGCGAUGAACAGCGGCAGUGUUCGUUUCAGGGCGGUCAUCACCAUGGAGUAGGAGUUCUCAAGAUGAGAUGGUCGGAGAUCACAAAAACCAACACACUGGAUUAGUACCACAAAAGAACGGAGGGAGGGUUCAUUGGUGGCUAUAGCUGGAUGCGGUCUUUGGGCUAGCACAAGGGUGGAUGAUAGGUUAGUUCAGCGCUAUAGGCAAUCUGAUUGGCCCGGACCGAGGCUGAAGCAGCCUUCCUGAUCAUCUCCGUAGUCUCGAGCUCGCGGAUGACGCUGAAAGCACGGGCUUUGACAGCAAUAUGCAACCAAUCAGAUUACCCGCAGCACUCAGUCAGCCUAUCAUCC